CGGAUAUAGUUCACCUCGACUAAAAUUAGGGAUGCAUGAAAGCAUCACGAAAGACCACGUAGUAACCUAACGUCGUCCUUUUGUUGAUCCGUGUGACACAAAGAUGCCUAUCCGAGCUUAUUGCACAAUUUGCUCCGAUUUCUUCGAUCACUCCAAAGAUGUUGCUGCCAUCCACUGCGGACACACUUUCCACUAUGACUGUCUUCUCCAGUGGUUUCAGACAGCCCCUACGAAAACCUGUCCACAGUGUAGAAAACAGGUCAGCACCAGACACAUUAUCAACAAGCUGUACUUUGACAUCGGUGGAGAGGAGGAGGCCACAAGGGACCCCGAAAGCUUACAGAAUGAGCUUGAUCGAAUGAAGGUGCUUUUAAACUCCAAAGAGCGAGACUGGCGGGACAAACAGAAGACGGUGGACAAUCUGAAGGACACCGUGGACAAGCAGAGGAGAGACCUGGACAGUGUCCGGAAAGAUAUUAUGGAAAAGGAGAUGCUCUGUUCCACCCUCAGAAAACAGAUGACAUACCUUGAGACGCAACAGAAUGAAACUCAGGCGGCCAAGGAGGAAGCCCGGAGACUCAGGGCCAGAAUGAAAACCUAUGAGAGCUUGGAUAUGUUGUUGCAGGGCCAGAGAGCAGAGGUGGAGUCCAUGAUCACAGAUAUGGGUGUCAGUCAGGCUGCAGUGGAGCAGCUCUCCAUCUACUGCAUCUCGCUCAAAAAAGAGUACGAUAAUCUAAAAGGAAGCCUGAAGUCUACAAAUGACAUGUGUGAGAAGCUAAAGAGAGAAGUGCUCACCUCAAACAACAAGUUACACAAAGCCACAGUGGAGGUGAAUCAGACCAAAGAGGACAUGAAGUCUCUGCAAAACGAUUUGGCAAAUGCUGACAAGGAGAUCUCUAGUCUUAAGAAAAAAGUGGAGUUUCUUCAGAGGACUCUGAGCACCCCAACACGGACAAAUGAAGCCCUCAGUCGGCUCGUCUUUGAAAGCCCCGCCCCAAUGGAGCUGAAGCAGCCUCGCUUCCACCAUCCUGCCGACAGUCAGGACAUUGACCUCAACAUGACGUACGACGUCACUACCCCUGAUGAUUUGGACAAGAGAAAGACGCAGUUCCAAUCCAAGAAGAUGCGGCUUGAUCCUCUGGCGUCGUCUGGGCCCAAACACUACGAGAAAAGUUCAUCUGUAAUCAAGACUCGAGACGAGGAUGGAUCCCUGGAUCCUUUUUUGAGGAACUCCAUCCUCUUCAGAAAGAAGACUUUCGGUAGCAUGUUGGACCCUCAGAGGAAGCUUGGAGCUGUGAGAACUGGUUAUGAUGGUUUGGGAGGACGUACUAAAUUCAUCCAACCUUCUCCGUUAUCAGAGAUUCGACCACUGAUGAAAGCUAAAAGGAAAAAGGUAACCAGGCCUCCACCCAAAAUUUCAACUUGCCUGACUCUGGACGGCUUCCUCGAGUAAGGGACGACCUCUCCUUCCCCCGGAUGUGGAGUCUUAAGGUCAGGAUGCUGCAGCUGCUGUGUGAUGAAGCAUGUUUGUGCUGCUCUGGUGCAUAGAACCAGCCUGGUAGCGGUUCUGCCCCUCGGCACCAAACGGGACUCUCUGAUCGAACUACAUUUAAACGCAGUAACUGACCUCCCACAUGACAACAUUCUGAGCUCGAAAAACCUGCUGUACCUUUUUUUUUGUGUGUGUGUUGACUUGAAUGUGGAGACUGUGUCUUGACCAUCUCUGCGUCAGAGCUUUUUCUUGUUGUGUCUGUAUGUGUGUGAGACGAACUGUUUUGUUUACGGAGCAUUCUAAUGUGUCUGUAUUAUGUCAUUGAUAAUUACUUAUGCAUCUGUUCUCUAUACUCUUGAAAAAUAUUUAUUGUUUUUCACACUUAUUUAAAAUCCAUCAAACACCAACAUGUGGAUAUACUUGAGGUAUUUUUUAGUUUUACUGGUCUUUCCAGAUGUAA